UACAUAUACCCGCCCUCUCCUUCACGCUUCCCACUCCUUGGCCGUCACAAGAACCUCCCCGGCGCGCCCGAUCCUCGCCCCCAUUGCCCGUCCGCCUCCUCCUCGGCCGGAGGAGCGACAUGAGGCGCCGCACGGUGAUCGCCGCGACCAUCGUGGCCCUGCUCCUGGUGGCAUGCACCGCGGCGGCGGCGGCCGCCGCGCUGACGAUCUCCAAGAAAAACCAGCACCGGCCGGCGUCGGAGUCCUCCGGCGGCGCGUGCGACAUGUUCGCGGGGGCCUGGGUGGCGGACGAGUCGUACCCACUCUACGACUCGGCGAGCUGCCCCUUCGUCCGCGGCGAGUUCGACUGCCGCCGGUUCAGCCGCCCCGACAAGCAGUACCUCAAGUACCGGUGGCAGCCCAGCCCGCCCUGCUCCCCGCCCAGGUUCGACGGGCUGGCGCUGCUGCGGAUGUGGGGCGGCAAGAAGGUGAUGUUCGUGGGCGACUCGCUGGCGCUGAACCAGUACGAGUCGCUGCUGUGCAUGAUCCACGCCGCGGCGCCCGACGCCCGGGCCACCGUCUCGCCGCGGUCCGGGAGGGUCGACCCGGCGACCACCGUCACGUUCGAUGAGUACAACGUGACGCUGGUGUACUACCUGUCGCACUACCUGGUGGACAUCGUGAGCGAGAAGGCCGGCCGCGUGCUCAAGCUCGACAAGAUCGACGAGGGCCGCAACUGGCUCGGCGCCGACGUGCUCGUCUUCGACUCCUGGCACUGGUGGCCGCGCUCCGGCAAGGAUCAGCCCUGGGACUAUAUCCAGGAGGGCAGCCAGGUGGCCAAGGACAUGGACCGGACGGUGGCCUUCACCAAGGCGCUCAACACCUGGGCCGGAUGGGUGGACGCCAACCUUGUCCAGACCAGCGCCAAAGUAUUCUUCCAGGGCAUCUCUCCCUCUCACUACAGGGGGCAAGAAUGGGGCGCGUCGCCGAGGAAGUCGUGCGCCGGCGAGACGGAGCCGCUGAACAGCACCGGGGGGCCGUACCCCGGCGGGCCGAUCCCGCAGCAGGCGGUGAUCAGGAACGCCCUCGCCCGCAUGGCCAAGCCGGUGUACCUGCUGGACUUCACCUACCUGUCGCAGCUGAGGAAGGACGCGCACCCGGGCAAGUACGGCGGCAUGUUCGGCCAGGACUGCACCCACUGGUGCAUCGCCGGCCUGCCGGACACCUGGAACAUCCUCUUCUACGCCGCUCUCACCGGCCAAGAUGCUUGAAUUCGUUCCGACAUGUGCAGAAUAUAGGUCAAUAAGCAAACCAUAUUUGAAGAUAGCACAUUCCCUUGGUUUAUAUGGUUGGGAGGAUACUUUCCUUUUACUGCAAAACAAAGACGUAGAGGGUUAUCACGGUCAAAACAAAAAUAGAUAUAGCAGGGUGUCAGUAGUCAAGGAGGGCAUGAUUGUUAAGUGAUUUGUACUUAUAUAAAAAUGUAGAUUGUUUUGGCAAAUCCCACAUUUGGGAUUCUUGUAGAGUUUUCGGGGCAAGGUA